UGGAAACAUCAACAGUGUUGAUGAUUUUAAUGGCAAAAGGAACGUCAAAUUUGUGCAUUUCUGAUUUGACAGUUGGUGGUUGGAGCGAAACGUCAAAUUUGCAAUGGACUAAUAGGUACACAAAAAUUUUCGCUGAAUUGGCAAAAGUGUACAAAUUGUAAAAGAUACAUUGUAAAACGUGAAAAGGCCAAAAUAGAUAAAUAAUUUGUGAGAAUUAGAAGCGAUCUACCAGCGCCAUGGCGGAGCAUUCGUUCCUUGGCACUUGGGAGAUCGUGUCUUGCACCUUUGAGCUUAAAAAGGAAAUCUCUGGUUUGGAAGGGAUUAAAUUUCGCUUGGAUGAUACGAAUGAUAUAACCUGGUAUAAUGAUUUGGUUAAUCCACUUCCUGAAUCAAAAGACUGUGCCACUUGCUGCGAUUCGGCGAGUGUCUUAUUUAGUUGUGAAACAUUCGAUGUGAACGAAACGAAUCCACGUUUAGUAUUCGGCGCGUUUGCGGGACAUAGCAUAGAAUUUAGGACUAACACUUUAACACCGACUGAUACACUAGUUUUGGAUUGUGAGAACUGGUAUGCAUUGGAAUGCAAACGACUGAAAGAGUGUCAUGCAGCUGGCCAGGAGCGAGAAUUCUCCUUCGCAGAGGCGUUGCAGCAGUCGUACUUUACGGAUGUGAUCAUCAAAAGCUCGGAUGGUUUUGAUUUCCAUGUACAUUCAUCUGUAUUGCGGCUAAGCGGUUUCGACUGUAGUAUGUGUGUGCAAUCCAACGGGUCUGCGCUCCCUCAGCAAGCAAUUUCAUGUAAAACCCAUGAUAUACCGUACCAACAGCAAUACCAAAAAACGCAGAAAUGCCAAACGGGUGAUGGCGUUAGUGCAAUACUGGGCGCAUCAAACCCUAUCAAGAUCUCGGUGACACUACCCAUUUCUAAUGUGCAAAAUCAUGAUGAUAAUCAAAUGUCUCUACCGCGACUCAACAUUUCUCCAAUAUACCUGCAGCCACCAACUGAGCACACAAGUUCUAUUUCCAAUAGUGGUUUGAUUGCCAACCGCGGUGCACACUUGUCGAACUCCUUUAAUUGUCUCACGACCAACAAUAUCGGAAUUGGCUAUGACAAAAAUGGAUCCAACUGUGAAAUGAGCGGUAUGCGUCGUUAUCCACCAACAUCAAAUUCAGAUUCUCAUCUCGAAACGCAGUCCCACUGCAAAAAUAUAUUCAAUUUUUGUCAAGACUUUCUGCUGCAGCCGACGGAGACAACAACGGUGUGCAAUACGCGUCGGCCGCCCUUAUCACCAUACCGUGUGCGCAGUCCUUCGCCCUUUCCUAGCUCGAUGGAUACACCGCCUUCCUCGCCACUAACACCGGUUGCAGUCCUUUACAAUUUGCCAACCUUUCUACUGACCCCAGUGUUGCAUUGGCUGUACGCAGAGUCGCUGAUGCCCGAUAUGGAUGAGAAUGUGUGUGAGAAGUUGAUAAAUUUCGCGGAAACCCAACCAUCUCUUACAAAAAUGGUCGAGCCGACAAGACAGUAUCUCAAGCUCAUACAGUUGAAGAAAUUUGUAGUAAACACGCUGAUGGAUUCACAUACCGUACUCAAUCAUAUAAUACAAGCAAUCAAUCCUUUCACGAUAUUACAUGAACCCGCCUCACUCUAUGCGACUUUUAAAGACUGUCUCAGAGAGUCUGCAAUCGGAUGUGCCAAGGUAUUGCAGUUUUGUAAUAUUUUCAUACGAGACGCCUCGGAUAUAACGCGCUACCAGAAGAAUGAGAUCAUCAAAUACGUGCGCACACGUAUACCAAUUUUUAUGUCGCAAAUCCAUCAACUCUUGCGAAAUAUUUUGAAUGUUUUCACCAGCCUAACGGAUGAAGAAAAAGCGGAAUUGGUGAAUUAUUUAGUACCUGAAAUCGAAUCUGCAUUAGUAAUAUUAACCGAUGUCACUGAGGAAAUCAAAAACUCUCUAGAAAAAAUGUGUAAAGAUAUAAACUGUUCCCAUUUGGAGUUAUCGGCGAGACAGCAGACGGAUAGCGCUUUCAUCAGUGCCAAUGUGGGUUUAGAAGACAAUGGCGCACCGUUGUUCAGUCCGCCACCCAUGUCACCGCGCCCGCGACGUGGCCCACCGGUGGGCCUGACACUGUACGAGAAUCCAGCAGACAAGAAAAGCUUAAUGACGGCGGAGAAUGAUUUGAAAUUUGUUUUGUAUAUGUACGAAGUACGAAAGAUGCGUGAUAUUUAUGGGCGGAUCGCCACGGCACUCGAAAUUAUUAGGGACAAAAAGGCGUCAUUCUGCGAAAUGGACUUUUUAAGUAAACGGAGCACGAUAAAUCAAAAUCUGGAACAGCUGAUAAUAGACAUACCCGCAUACAUUUUGAUUAUGGAGAAUCUUGCUGAUCGCGUCGACGAGAAAUUGGGUUGGAAAGAGUUCAAGUUCUGUUUCAAAUUGGCGACAAGUCAAAUAAAUGGUGUGAUUGUGAAGCUGCUGGAUCACAAGUCGGCGCUGCGUGAAUCCAUCGGCAAUGUCUGCAAGCUGGUGCAGAAGCACGAAUUUACGGAAUCGCUAAUUGAACUCGGACUUUUGGAGGCCUCCAACAUACUCGAGCACGAAAUGAAGUUACCGGAGUUGGAUAACAACAUGGAUGCUGCUUCUGAUGACUUUGCUAUGGAACGUGGGCGCUCGUAUGACUAUAAAAAUGUCAAGUUGAACUUAACCAAACAUCUGUGUGAGCCACCCAUUGCGGCCAAUAGCAACUUAUCGAAGAAUGCUUUGCGCCUCCUGCACUCAGCGCAGCUGGCGGAUAUGGAAUUCGAGGUGCACGCCUUCGCGGAAAGCAACACACAGUUGCCAGGCAUAACCGUUUUGGGUAAGGAUAACAUUGAAGUGGGCCAGCUGCCACAUGCGGUGCAGCUGCAGCGACCACCAACACAAGUGCACACAUUUCGCGCGCACAGAGUGAUCGUUUCGGCGCGUUGCGAGUGGUUCAAAAAGGCGCUGCUCUCCGGCAUGCAAGAGAGCAUCAAGAGAAAAAUCGUCAUAACCGACACUUCGCCGGUGAUAUUUCGCCGCUUGUUGCUCUACAUCUAUGGCGCACCUAUCGAUAAAACGGUGGGGGCUGAACAGAUUUGCGAAUUAAUGCUGCUUGCUGAUCGUUUUUCCAUUUGCGACUUGAAGGAGCUCUGCGAGAACACUUUGAACUCGCUGAUUGACGAGGAGUCGGUGCUCUGCUUGCUGGGCAUUGCGGAUCACUACAUGGCCACGGCUUUGAAGUCGAAUUGCCUCUCGUUCCUAUCGCAGCAUGCGACCGUCACCAAACAGGAAAUGUUCAAGGAAUUGCCGCAGACUUUACAGUUGGAGGUCAUGGAUUUGGUGCAUUGGUACGGGCGUGUUUCGGAGCCCUGGAGUGAUGGCUUCAAGUCACGCAGCAGCUCGCGCCACAGCUUGAAGAGCCCCUCGAAGCCACGUUCAAGAUCGCGCAAAUCCUCACCCUCCUACAUGUGACACUGACCGCGCAGUUCUUUGGCGUAAGAAGCACCACCAUUUCGCUGUUUAGCGAUCAUGCACAGCCAGACAGCCAGCAAUAAAGUACGCUUUUGAGGGUGAAGCAAACGAAGGGACCCGGUGUAUGGAUCCGGUGUCAUACGGGUAUUUUAGUUAUACAUUCCAAGCAAUGAAAGAAAAAGAAAAAGAAAUUGUAUGAAAUGACUCGCUACGUUUUUUCGAAGCACAGCAGCCGUUUUGAUAGAGUUUUUUCAAAGAGAGAUAUUUAUUUGAAGUUUACGGGCUACCUUUUAACGCUGCAUGUGCACGCAAAGCAAACAAUUUCUCAAUGUAAUCAUACCUCCACGCAGGAUUGCAUGCGAUUCUAUGAGUUAGUGUACCGUUAUCAUACUCUACUGCGUGUACUCUUCUUGAUUUACCGUACGCAUAUUUUGUUAAUGUUAGCGGUACUUGUAGUUAGGUGUUAUUCAAAAGGUACUGUGUUGUGUUACAGAUUUUCGAAACGUUAACUUAUUUAUAACUAGAAUAGUCUACUUUUUAAACUAUUUAUAUGGUGAAGCUAUGCUAUGGUACCGAUACAUAUCGUACAUUUGUUGAAUACUAUAUAUUAUGCUCUGUGCGAACCUUUAUCUGUGUUGACAUUAAGUAUGUAUUGUAAGCGAUUGAUUUAGUGAAAAUUUACCAUUUUGAAAAUGUUUAGAUAACGUGUUGUGGUAAGUGUAAAGGAAAUUUAUAAUGCAUUUUGUGGGGGGAACAAACAUAUUUUUAUUAUGCAAUUUUCAAGCUGUUUAACACACAUACAUACAUAAAUGAACUCGUAUUUACAUGUAUUUUCUAGUUGUAAUCGAAGUAUGUAUAUUAACAAUAAGUAUGAUUAGCGAAUAUUUUCGAAGAAACGUGCUGAAUGAGUCUCCAAAGCGGUCCAAGACGCUGCAAAGGCAAAUCUUAGCUGCGAAUGUUUUAUUGUAAUUUCAAAGAAUAAUGAAAACGAAGCAAGUGUUGCACGAGUAAUCGAUCUGCGUUCUGCUAGUGCAUAAUAUUUACUUAAUAUGUUUAUUGUUGUCUUUUAAUUCUUUAAACAAACAAAAUAUACUGUCUAUUUAAAAGGAAA